AUGCCAUCUUCAGAUCGAUGGCGGAUUUCAGUCUCCGCAGACGACAGCCUCGACGGCGUCGCGAUCUGUAACAAUCCUGAAAUGGACAGAGGCCAUUUCCCCCGGCACAAUGGUCAUAAUGCAGAUCCCGGUACGGGGAGAGCAACCAUCCAAGACCUCGGUUCUGUAUUCCUAAGCCCGGAUGACGACAGCGCCCACACCAAUGAUGUCGUCGACAUCAUUGGUCGAAUUUCUAGUUCAGAUCCGGACGACAAUCCCUCAGAUCCUCUUUACUACAACCCCAUCGAUGAAGACUGCUCGUCUUCUGACGACAUGCCGUCUUCCCAAGAAGUUCAGCUAAAUUCUCCUUCAGAAUCGGAAGAAGACUCUACCGAAAUGAACUUACCCGUGAACAUGCGCGUGGAGCAAGCCGAAAUUAUUUCUCUGCACUCUCCCUCUACUCACAAAGGAAAAACAGUACCGACUAAUCAGUUCUAUGGCCAGAAAAACGUGAUUCAGGACUACUUUUCAUGUCUUUUCACGUAUUGUGAGUCAGAGCUUGUUAACGUCAACGAUACCGAUUUGAAUAAUGACGAAGCUGUAGAAGCAAGCCUUACGUCAUGUGCCUCUGUAGAGGGCGAAGACAGAUGGGACGCCUCAUCUGACGUAGGCUUGUCGACGUGGAAAUAUUCCUCACCAUUUGCGCCAGUGACACUCUCUAUCGACACAGUCGAUGCAGACCUGUACCCUUGA